AUGUCAAUAACAGAAGAAACAACAAUUGAAACAACAGAAGAAACAGCAAUUGAAAUAACAGAAAAAAUAGAAAUAACAAUAGAACCGAAAUUUGACAAAUGGAAACAAAAUGCCAUCACUGUGGCUGGUGGAAAUGGACAAGGACAAGAAUUAAAUCAACUCUAUGACCCUGGUGGGGUCUUUAUUGAUCAAAAAAAAAAUAUUUUCAUUGCUGAUUUUAACAAUCAUCGUAUUGUUGAAUGGAAAUAUAAUGCAAAAGAAGGACUAAUCAUUGCAGGUGGAAAUGAACAAGGAAAUCGAAUGGAUCAAUUAGAUCGACCAACAGAUGUAAUUGUUGAUCAACAAACUCAUUUGAUUAUCAUUGCUGAUUGGGGUAACAGACGAGUGAUUCAAUGGUUGAAUCAAAAGCAACAAAUUCUCAUUGACAAUAUUGGCUGUUUUGGUUUGGCAAUGGAUAAACAUGGAUUUCUUUAUGUUUCUGAUACGGUGAAGAAUGAAGUAAGACGAUGGAAAAUGGGAAAAUAUAACAACGAAGGAGUUGUAGUAGCAGGUGGAAAUGAUAGAGGAAAUCGACUCAAUCAACUCAGUUCUCCUAUUUUUAUCUUUGUUGAUGAAGAUCAAUCUGUUUAUGUAUCUGAUAUGCACAAUUAUCGUGUGAUGAAAUGGAAAAAUCAUGCAGAAGAAGGAACAAUUGUGGCUGGAGGAAGGCUUAAUCAAUUGGGUGAAUCUCAAGGGGUAAUUAUUGAUGAUUUGGGUCAAAUAUAUGUGGCAGAUUUUUAUAAUCAUCGAGUAAUGCGUUGGUGUGAAGGAAAAGAAGAAGGUGAAACUGUUGUUGGUGGAAAUGGUAAAGGAGAUCAAUCAAAUCAAUUGGAUAGUCCCGGUGAUUUAUCUUUUGAUGAUGAAGGAAAUCUUUAUGUUGUUGAUGGAAGAAAUCAUCGGAUUCAAAAAUUUGAAGUAACUUCGUGA